AUGGUGAAGCUUAGCUAUGCAGGGAGGAGACGAAUCCCACCAGCGAGUGGUGCAAAGAGCGCUGCCAGAGACCCGACCGUGGAAUUGGACCUCGCGGGGAAGGAUCUCACAGAUGACGGGCUUUCAGUUUUCAUCGAUGACCUUAUCGAGUGUAUGAGCUACCGCGACAGUGAGUAUCCACAGGGAGUGGUUCGGCUCACUGAGCUUUGCUUGAAAGGAAAUAAGUUGAGCGUUAUAUCUAUGAUGAGGUUGAGUGAGAUAAUCUUCCUUGGUAGUACAACGCUGGUAAAGGUUGAUAUAUCAAACAAUGGUGUCUGUAUCGUCAGUGACUUCGAGAGACAGGCAUGGGGUGCAUUCCUACGCUCGUUUCAGAAUUGUUGCGUCCUCAAGAAAGUCGACUUUAGUGGAAAUCGCCUUGGGAGCGCUGGAUUUGAUGUCCUGGAACGCAUAUACCUGAAGAGUGAGGUUGAUUUCGUCGACUCCAGCGUUGUGCCUGCAGGUGUGUCGGAAUAUAGCGCCGAAAAGGUUGGCUGCCCAACGGAACUGCAAAUCUUUGGGCGUAAAAGGGGCCUUCGAUCCGUACCCUAUCUCGUGUUCUCUAGAACAUGUACCACCCCCCUUUGCGCAUUCCAUCUCUGGAGUAUUAUCACGGUUCAUGACCACCCAGACUCCCUUCUCAACUACCUUCCGGCUGGAAAGAGCAUGGCUCCGGUAGAACUCGAGGGCAAGAACAUAGGGGUUGUGUACGCUCCGAACGACGAUUUGACCCCUCUCAGCAAAGGAUUUCUGGACCUCGGGAAUGAGACCUUCCAGAGAAUAGGCUCUAAUACUACUAUUAGAGAAAUUGAUAUAGAGGAGGAUGAUAGUUCUGGCGAUGACAACAGACGAACAACAGCACGAGAGCUGCUAAGAAUGAAGCAAAUUGAGAUGGAAAGGGUGCAGAAAAGGGUGCUCCUUUCUGCUCUAGAAUCACACAGCCUACACAGUGUGAAGCUUUGGAGUGUCGCAUUUAAAUUGUUGGUUACUGCUCGUGCGGUCCUCUUGGACGAGAAGAACCGGCCCCAAGGCAUAUCUCAAUGGAGUUAUGAUGAAGAUACAGCAUCACCUUCACGGGUACAAACUACCAGCCGGUCUUCUCUACCGUCAAGAAUCUGGUCCCUUAACAUUGACGAAGAAUUCCCAAGUCUGCAGCGCGCAGCCAAAACAUCUCCGUCCAAGGACCUAGCAAAUCAAGCCCAGCAGCCGUCAUAUGCAAGUUGCUUCAGGGACCGCACAACGCCGCAGAUCCAAGCAACCAAUAGGUCAUGCUAUCGGUUUGGACUGCCGAUAUACAUCUGGAGAGAUAUCCUGGCCAUGGCUGUCGACGAUGGGGGUAUUCUAUGCAAGGAGCAGCAGGCUUGA